UACUGCUCUGGAAGAGGCUGUAGCUUCGUGAUGUCUGUUUUAGUAAAGUAAGACUUUAAGUAAUAUCUAUGUUUGAAUGAAAUAAUGACAACUCUUAUUAUUUAUUAUAACUCUAUUAUUUACAAUGAUACUUUUGGCAUUAGUGAUCAAAUGAAUGGCUCACUUAUCAGCGUGACGUUAGUUUAACUCAUUUUAGUUUGCCAAAUUGGUAGUUGCACCGGAAUGAACACAAAAACCGCAAUGUUCCGCCCCUUUGGGAGACGUCUUUGUAUUAACCAAGUAAACCUCAAAAAACGUUUUUUUUUUUACGUAGUCAAGUCUAACAGGUCGUUUUUCAUUUCAUAUACUCACAAAUUCUGCACCGUUGUUAUCAACUCACACGAACAAAAACAUACCGUUUCAAUAAAAUAACUUAUAAACUGAAAUUGAUUUUGGUGUAAGCCAUAAAAAGAAUAGUUUUAUUCCAGACCUCGAAAACUUUACGCAGGGUUAAAUAACCCAAGGAGCUGCUCCGUGGAGAUGACGUAGCUCAGCUGGCGGUGUCGUUUAUCAGUUUGGUCGCAGGAGCGCUGGAGUGUUAUUUAUUACUCAGAAUCAUUAAUUGUUGUCUUCAUACAUUUGUCCUUUUAACACAUAAUUCAUGGUUGUAGUAAAUGACGUGUGCUGGUAUGUAAACGUCCGUGCAGGAGCAGCAAACAGUGGGUUAAUAUGCUCGUCAGCGGUGGCUAGCUUUUGUUGCUAUUUUAACCACCACGGUCGUCAUGUUUGCUCCAUCCUCCGCCGAGCAUGCUGCCCUUAGUCACGGCCUGGCUUCCCUACUCGGUGCACGGACUACGGAUGGUUAGAUGUACCGCAACUCCACAUUAUGACUCGCUCGUGCAGUGAGCCAGCAGGCUGAUGUUAGCGGCUGAUGUUAGCAGCAGAGUCCUCUCACACCGCCCGCAGCUGAAAUCACGUCCUUCACAUGGAUCUCGAGUGUCGCCGAAGAUGACGGGUAGCCUGUACCGGGUUUUUGUGCCUCUCUCUGCAGGAGGCGGAACAUGGAAGCCGAGGAAGAGUGGAACAAAGACCAGAGUGCCCUCAAAUCACUGGAUAAAAAAGUGCUCCGCAGGCAGAAUGGAGGGAUCGGUAUAGUGAAGACUCUCCACAGCCUGUUGAGAACACAGAACACACUGCAGAUUCAGUCCAUCACCCGCUCAGAAUGUGCUGGCUCCUGUCCAAAUCUGAUGAUGAAUAGAAGCGAGCACACAGAUGUUAGGCCCAUCCCCGUGGCCCUCACCCCCCAGCUCCCCCCCAGAGCUCACCGUCCACUCUGUGUGUCGGUCUCCUCCGACAGUAGUGGGCGCUUCAAAGCUCUGGAAACACAGGAGUGGAAGAACAACCUUAAAGCUCAGAUGGAGCAGGCCCACAGUGCAGGAGCUGCCAGCAGCACCGGAUCCCUGGAACGAGCGUCUCUCUUCUGCGCCUCAGCUUCCACGACGGCGUCCAGCUCAGGCCUGUCCAGUCCAGUGGAGAUGCUCAAUAAGAGCAAGUCCUCCAGCCGAUUCUCCCUCUUCUCUCCGCCCUGGAACAGUAGCUCUGAGUCAGAGUCCAACCCUCCGUCACGUUCAGGGUCAAAGAAGCUGCGUAACUACAGCAGGAGAGCUGCUACGGGGCCAGCAGGAGCCAGAGGCCCUGAUACGCCUGAACCCAAACCCAGUGGCCCCGAACACUUCCAGUACUCCGAACCGGUCAUCUCCAAGGUCACAGACUACAUCUACGUCGGCAACCUGAAUGCUGCUUACAACGGGCGCACCCUGUGCCGUAAUAACAUAGACAGCAUCAUCGACAUGAGCAGCAUGCCCGGGGAACCGGGCCCUAGUCUCAACCUCAUACCCUGCACCUGCUCUCGCGGCACCCGCCACAGCUGGUCCCGCCUCAAGGUGGACAUCGGAGACGUGCCCGACGCCUUGGGGGACGGCCCCUCCCUGAAGCAGCGCUGCUUUGAGGACAUCAACGAGUGCAUAGAUGCCUCCACUGAGAAGAGGAAGCGAGUCCUGGUGCACUGUCGGGACGGGUUUUCUCUGGCUCCCACGUGUAUCAUCCAGUACCUGAUGGUGAAGCAGAACAUGAGGUUGAUCGCUGCAUACGAGCUGCUGAGGGCCAAGUACCCAGUGAAUAUCAGGGAAUGUCAUCAAAAUGUGCUGGUGAGCCUGGAGAGGGCGCUGCGCCCUGGAGGCAGCACCAACCCUGAGUGUUUCAAACAGGCCAUAUCACGCAAAGUGGCAUGGACCUGACCUGGUUUCCCAUCAUGCUCUGGUGUCGGGGCAUGUAUGUACAUUCUGACUGUUGGACGCAGUCAUCCACACUCCAGUACAGUGGCUACAGAACAUAUAUAUUUGAUGUAUUUCCUCACUAAACCUGUAAAUGUGACCUCACAGUGAUGCUCUGUUUUUCCUCCUCACAGAACAGUUAGACACAGUGGUCUUCACUGUGGUGUAUACACCCUCAUGGUAAACGGUGUAGUAGUGUUGUCUGUAUACUUGAUAUAGUCCUGCUUCUGUGCCAUGACGUCAUGGUGGUGUUUUAUAUCAGGGGAAAAUCUACAUGGAAGCUCUCAGGAGAUUAUUGAUGUCCUUCCAGUUCAGGGUGGGAAACCGUCCAUUAGACCUGUCUGCAGCAGGGUUCACACCUGGAAUUAAAACACAUGGUGGUGGUUAGCAGGGUGAGAAAGCGUUGUUGGUUUUGAAACAUUUGGCCGGGUGUCUGAUUAAAAACUAUAGCUUUUGUAGAACUAACCAAAACAAGAGAAGUUGUGAAAAUGCUUUGUUGUUGACAGUUUAACUUGCCUGCUCGCAGCAAAAUAUUAACAUAUUUUGUUCUGGUCUCUGCUAAGUCACUGAUAGGGAGUUAAUAAGAACAGUGUUUAUUACAGAUUCUGUAAAACCCCUGAGCUUUUUAUUGAUGGCUAUUUAGCUUGCUAACACAUUAGCAGGUUCUAUGGAACUCAUUAGCCUAGAAUAUUUUGCUUUUAAAAAGCCUGGGUUUUCUUUGUCAGUGAUGACUCUGACGUUACUUCCUAACAGCAAAAUAACUUUUAGUUUCUGCUAUAGGGUCUUCUAAAGCUCUCGGAUGAAAUAAAUGAUCAGAACUGACAGGCAGGGGGGGGCUAAAGUUGGUAAAAACACUACUCCUGAGCCCAGAACAUGCUGCUUGCUAACAGCAAAAAAUGUGUUAGCUUCUCCUAUAAGGUCUGCUAAAGAGAGAUAAAUGUUGAAGAAGAGUGGUUAUUAUUUUUGGUUCUGUAGAACUCCUGAGCCCAGAAUAUGCUGCUUUUGGAAAAACCCGUGAGUUGUUUACAUCUGUGAUGAUCUAUUUAGCGUACUUGCUAACAACAAACAAAAGAAGAGUUGUGCUAUAUUUCUGAUGAAAAAGUCGAGUUAACGUUGGCUGGAAGUAACUUUUUCAGAUAUUCUAAAAUAUGUUGAAAAAUUGGUUUGUGUUUGAAUUUCAACUCUUUUUCUCCAUUAUGAAGGAAAUGUUUGAACUUUGAUGAUGAUUAGUGACACACCCAGACAGAGUUAUCUGUGUGGGAGAUUGUCCAUAUGACCAGAUUCAGAUUUGUUAGUUUUUAAAGUUUGUUCCUGACCCUGCAGAAACAAAGCUGCAACUUUGGAAGAUCAGCAGGAGACUAGUGUAACACUCUCCACCCACUGGAUCCAUCACCACUGACUGGAUAUCAUCACUGAUUAUUUGGCUUCUAUCACUAGGAGGGAACUUUGCAAACACACGUUCAACUUCUAUCCAAGUCUUCUGUUGUUUUUUGACCUUUUUCAAGAUGUGUUCCAUGUUCUCUGAGGUCAUGACUUGAUGGGAGACGAACAUUCUGACCUCUCCUCUGUGAGGAAAACUGUAGCCCCCCUCCAUCCCUCCCUCCUCCCUCCCUGUUCCUGGCCACAGUUUGAUGACGUCUCUGUGGUGGUGCACAGACUGUGGCUUUGUGAAUUUGAACUCCAGUUUUAUGCAGUGAUGGAUGGCUGUCUGUGCUUCUCUGUGGAUUUUCAGUAUUGGUGUGUCAGUGCCACUGAACUGCCAUUCAGGUUUUACACUGCAAAGAGGAUUUUUUUGCACUACUCACGGGGUUGUUCAAUGCAAUCAUUGCCUUUUUUUAUUUGAAUUUUGUUUUAGUCGUUUUUGAUGUCUGUGAGAUUAACAUUUCCCAUGUUUACAUUCUCUUGAAACUCAAAAUGAGAUUUCACAAGUUUUUGUCUGAUGCAACUUCAGUUUGAUGACGUGAUCCUUUUCAAACAACUUUUUGGUGACGCCUACAGCAGAUGGUAGUUUAAGUCAGUGAUUCACAAGCUCUCAGCCGUGUCGUGAAAAUUAUUAUUUAGUGCAGAUAAUUUGUCCUUGAGUGUCAGACAGAACAAUUAAAUACUCUUCCACUAGGUGACAUGGCUAUAAACACUAGAAAAUAAAUAGAAAAAGAGAGCCAGAGGUGUUUAAGAUUUUUACGAGUGUCUUUCUUCAAUUCCUGCAACUAUAUCAGCAUUUUGUUCUACAAAACAGGAAAUUGUUGGUAAUUGAAAAAAGAUCUAUAAGAUAUAAUUAAUUCCAUACACUUUUUGGGACACAUGUUUGGUGUUGCACCAUGGGAUUUUUACAAUGAAAAUAUGUGCUGUGGCUUUAAAUGUUUGCGAAACACUGACUUAAACUGAAAUUAAAUUUAAAAACAUAAAUGGUGAAUUUUGAAGGCAAAUAUAAUGAAAAUGCCAAAUAUUAGAAAUCACACAUUUAACCACGGCCUGCUCCAGAGAGGAUUGUUUUCAUUUUGUCCAUUUCAAAUGUUAUUGGAGUGAAAAACAGAAAAUUUAGAGAAAAUCUAAACUUGCUAUCUGUGAAACAAAGAAACCCACUAUAGAAACUUUAUCCUGCACUCCACUGGUUUGUGCUUAAAAAAAAGUAUCUAUAUCAGAAAUUAUUUAGAAUGUUUUUCAUUAAAAUACUCAAUUUACAGUUUAAAAAUUACUUUCACAUACAAACUUGUUUUUAGUCAUUCUAUAAGUUUACAACAUACACUAUAUGGUGGUGAAAACAAAACAACUCUACACUCAACACAACUCUGACAGAAAGAAAUCAUGCAAAUGCAGAAAAUGAGCUGUUGUUUACAUUUGUUUAUAUCUGUUUGAGUUUUUUUUUCUUUCAGCUCAGCCUCAGUGAGAAUCCAUCACAGUUCAGGCAGCAGUUCAGUUUGAGUGUGGAAAGGACAUUAAAGAGAAAAAAAAAGAAUGGUGCCUUCAUUGGAAGUCGUCUCGUGAGCGUACGGUGAAAUUUGCACACUUUGUAGGACUGUACUUGCUCUAACGGUGUCGUAAAACGUGGACUAUUUUUGCUGUUUUAAUUUCCCCUCAUAAAAAAAUAUGAACUGACUCGUGUAAAGUGGUCCUUGCUAUGAUAUUUGCUAGUCAUCAUUGUAACAGUUUACUGUUGUUCCACUAAUGCAGCUGGUGAGAGUGAUGAAGGUGGCGUGUUGUUCUCGUGGGUGUGAUGUCGCUCCUACAGAGCCCAGUUGUGGAUAAAGUGUCAGAGUAACCAUAUCACACUGAAUAGGUUUUCUAACAUGUUCUCUCAGGUGACUUCUCAGUGGCCCAGAAUGUUCUCGACGAAUAUGAUGUUCUGAAAUGUGAAGCAAUGUAUUUCUCAUGUCAUGUUUAAUAAUUAAGAUAUAAUUUGUACUGUUGAAAUAUUAAAGAAAAUAAUGUACUUGUCGGUCGUCGUGGUGUUGAAUUUUUAACAGUGCUGCAGGUCCAAAAAUUAUUUUUAAAAAUGUUAUUAGCAAAACACAGGCAGGUGUUAAAUAUUUUUUGCGAGUGUCUUUUUUCUUCAAUUCCUGUGAAUAUAUCAGCAUUUUGUUCAACAAAACAUGACUAAUGACUAACUGAUAGCAUAUGAAGUCAGGUGUGGCAGAGAAGUAAAUGAGGGUGGUGCCGGUGUGUGAGGACAGUGAAAGGUGGGAGGUGUGCCUCACCUGAGCCUUCAUGACUGAGCACCGUCAUUUUUGCGAAGUGGAUGGACAUGUUAGACAAUGACAUCAAGCUGGGGGACCAUCCAGAUGGGAGGACGGAGGAAUCAGGACGUCCUGAACAGAAGAAGCGUUAUUAGAGAGUGAAUUCAUGAGUGUCAGUGGUUCAGGUUAAAGUUAAAGUGGAGGUGGAAGAGUUAUCAACAGAGAAUGAUAUGUGGUUCACAAGACACUUGACUGCAGUUAACUUUAAAACAGUCGUGAAAAAGUAAAAAAAGGAAAGUAUUUAUACACGUAAAAGCUUUUAAUUAACAGAUUAUUAACACUGUGGCAUCGAACUUUGAGCCUGGAAAACAUAAAUACAAUAAAUAUUGUUGGCAUCGAUACACUUUGAAACACCCAGUUUGAACAAUAGUACAAGGUAAAUACAAAC